AUGGUGGGAGCCGAUUUUAGAAGUGGUGGUGGCUGGAGAGAGAUGAAGAGGUUUGGCUUGCAAGUUCUUUUGGGGCGGUGGUUCAUGGUCUUUGCCUCAUUCUUGAUCAUGGCCAUGUCUGGUGCAACCUACAUGUUUAGUCUGUACUCUGCUGACAUCAAGAGAUCGUUAGGCUAUGACCAAACCACGCUCAAUUUGCUUAGCUUCUUCAAGGACGUUGGUGGAAAUGUUGGACUCCUGCCAGGGCUCAUCAAUGAAGUUUCACCUCCAUGGGUGAUUCUAUCUGUAGGUGUGAUCAUGAAUUUCUCCGGUUAUUUCAUGAUUUGGCUUGCUAUUACUCGUAAAAUUGCCAAGCCAAAAGUUUGGCAGAUGUGUCUUUAUAUUUGUAUUGGGGCAAACUCACAGACAUUUGCCACUACUGGAGCUUUAGUCACCUGUGUCAAGAACUUCCCAGAAAGCAGAGGAAGUGUUUUAGGCUUGCUGAAAGGGUUUGUUGGUCUAAGUGGUGCAAUUAUGACACAAGUUUACCAUGCUUUCUAUGGAGAUGACUCGGAGUCUUUUAUCUUGCUGAUUGCUUGGCUUCCAGCUGCUGUUUCUUUGAUCUUUCUUCGUACGAUUCGGAUCAUGAAGAUCGUUCGCCAAGAAAACGAGAUCAAAGUUUUCUACAAACUCCUCUAUAUGUCGCUUGGCCUUGCCGGGUUUCUCAUGGUUUUGAUCAUCAUUCAAAACAAGUUCAGGUUUACCAGAAUUGAGUAUAUUGCAAGUGCUAUUGUUGUUCUUAUUUUACUUUUUCUCCCUGUAGCCAUAGCUAUAAAGGAGGAAUAUGAUAUCUGGACGAGCAAAAAGGCAGCCUUGAUUGACCCUUCUGAAGUAAAAAUAGUGACCGAAAAUAGACCAGUUGUAGAAUUGCCACCAUCAACACUGACAUUAGAAUCCAAAGCUUCUGGUCCAGCUGCAACUGCAGAGAAGCAAACUUCUUGCUUCGAAAAUGUUUUUAAGCCACCAGAAAGAGGUGAAGACUACACCAUAUUGCAAGCACUUUUCAGCCUUGACAUGUUGAUACUCUUCAUUGCAGCAACGUGUGGCAUUGGCGGCACAUUAACUGCAGUUGAUAACCUGGGUCAAAUUGGCCAUUCACUAGGCUACCCGAGUCGUAGCAUCACCACCUUCGUGUCACUUGUUAGCAUCUGGAACUAUCUUGGUCGAGUAGUUUCCGGUUUCGCCUCAGAAAUCUUGCUGAAAAAGUACAAGAUCCCUCGUCCUCUAUUGCUUGCGAUUGUUCUUCUCUUCACUUGUGUUGGCCAUAUUCUAAUCGCCUUUCCUGCUCCAAAUUCUCUUUACUUCGCAUCAGUAAUCCUCGGGUUCUGCUUUGGAGCACAAUGGCCAUUAAUGUACGCCAUCAUAUCUGAAAUUUUUGGCCUCAAGUACUAUUCCACGUUGUAUAAUUUUGGUGCUGUUGCUAGCCCUGUUGGUUCAUAUAUUCUUAAUGUGAUAGUUGCUGGUAAAUUAUACGAUAAAGAAGCAUUAAAGCAAAUGAAGGCUUUGGGUCUUAGAAGGAAAGCAGGCGAGGACUUGACAUGCAACGGUGUGCAGUGUUAUAGAAUGUCUUCAAUCAUAAUUACAGCAGCAACAUUGUUUGGAAGCUUCGCUUCGUUUAUUUUGACUCUUAGGACCAGAAAAUUCUACAAAGGUGAUAUCUAUAAGAAAUUCAGAGAUGCAGCCGAGGGUCCCGAGAAUGUUACAGUUUCAACAACUGGAAAUGGUACUGUACAAUUGGGGGAGAGAAACUCUAAAGGCACAGGGAAUCGUCAGUAG